CACACAGAGAUCAUUCAGCAUAAAGAAGACUGAACUCAACUCACAAUGAAGAUCCUCCUCAUCUUCCUCACUUUCUACCUGAUCUCAGGUCAGAGCUUUUCUCUUUCAUCACUGCAAUGCUUUAGCGUCACGGGAUAUUCUGGAGGAAGUCUUCUUGUUAGAUCAUGGAAGCCUUGGCACAAAGACAAUGCUAAAUACAUGAGAAAGCUACAGAAUACAAAAAUAAUAAUUAAUAGGAAACACGAUCAGUGGAUUAAUGAAGGAAGGUUCACUUUAUUUUCCAAUAAUUAUGGAAAGCUCAUGAUCUACAUCAGAGAACUAAACACACAAGAUGCUGGGACAUACAGGAUUGAGGUUGAAGGCCAGUGGUUGAUUGAUAUGACUUUGAAUGUGGAAGAAGAUUCAUGUUGUGAAGUGUCAGAGAAAGUGACAUUGAAUAUUGGAGAAACUGCCAAUUUCAGCUGUGAAUAUUCACAGAAUCAUAUAAAUGAUGUAAAGAUCAUAUUCAAAGAAGAAAAAGACUCCAUUGAGAUGAUUUACAGCAGAUGGAAGAAGAAAGAAAGAUUCAGUAUUUCUGAUGACAAACAUAAAAACAUCUUCAGUGUGAGAAUCACUGCUGUGACACCAGAUGAUGGAGGAGUUUAUUUAUGUGGAGUUUGGAUCAACAGACAAUCAUACAGUUACUCCAUUAUUAACACUGUUCAUCUACAUAUUAUUACUAAAGUGGGCGUGUCUAGAGUGAGCGGCUCCUCAGGAGGUGGUUUGAUGAUCAAGUGUGAACAUCCUCAAUACAAAACCAACCCAAAAUACAUCUGUAAAGAAUCAGACGGAUGUUCAGAGAGGAAGAAUCCAGGAGUUCAGGAUGAAUGGAUGGAGAAUGGAGAUGUUUCUUUAUAUGACGACACCAGAGCAGGAGUCUUGAUGGUGUUUUUUAGAGAGCUGAAAGCUGCAGAUGCAGGAACAUACAGGUGUGGAGUGAAAGUAUCUGACUAUACUGAGAGCUUCACUGAACUUCAGCUGCACCUCAAACACGAUGCAAAAUAUCUACAGAGUGUGACUGAAUUUGCUCAUCUUGGUGAAACAGUCAACAUCACCUGUCAGAUCCCAGAGCAACAAGAAGUUAAUUUCUGCAAAGAGGAUAAUAAUCACAUCUGCCAAACCAUCAGGUCAUCUAAAGUGACAGAAAUGACUCCUUCAUCUGAGAGAAAUGAAGAGAGAGUUGUUAGAGUGAGCAUCAGUAAUGUGAGUGUGAGAGAUGCUGGAGUUUACUGGUGUGGAGCAGAAACCAGAGACACAUAUCUGACUUUCAUCUCCCUGAACACUAAAAUUCAGCUCAACCUCAUCAUCUUCACUGGGACCAUCACUGGACUGACAGCAGAGGAUGCUGGGAAAUACUGGUGUGCAGUGACAUUAGAAACAGACCUCAAUUAUCUUUACACUCAUCUGAUUGUCAUCAUGAACAAGGAGCUGAACUUGACUAAGUAUGAAGAAGACGACGUGUCAAUCCAGUGCAUACAUCAUGAUGAAGAUCAGAAAAGCUUCUGCAAAACACAUGAAGCCUGCAUGUGUGUGAAGGAUGGAGUUUCAUUGGAGACGAUCAGAGAUGAUCGAUUCUCUUUCAGUGAUGAAGCAUCUACUGGAGUCUUUACUGUGAACAUCACUGAUCUGAGAGAAGAGGAUUCUGGGAUAUACUGGUGUGGAGCUAACGUCAUCACUAAAGUGCAUUUAAAUGUCAGCAAGGAUAAGGAUAGAAAUUUCUCCGUGAUCAUCAUUAUUAGUGUGUGUGUGAUUCUGCUGCUGAUCGGUGGAUUCACUCUGACUGUGUGCAAAUUAAGACACAACAGACGAGGAAGAAUCUCGACAUCAGACAAGAGAAAGAGGAAGAAAAAUACAUUAUCAUCAUGUGCAGACAGCAGACGUGAUUCUCUCUCAGAUCCUGGAUCAGCUCAAAUGAAGAAACAUGAAUUACCCACAAUCCCCUCUGAUGAGCUCCUGUACGCUGCUGUCAGUUUCCAGAAGCAUGAAGAGUCUCUCAGUGACGCUACAGUCAGAUUCAGUAAGAAUGAGAUUCACUCGGAUUACACCACGAUCAGAUUCACCGCAUGA